AUAACUCCUUUCCUCAACAAGAAGAAUUAUCUGAGUUGUACUCUUAAGUUUCCACUCAAAUUUCUUUUCUCUUUUUCACUCUUUUGUGAAAUGGCAAGAAUGUCUCAAGAACCACUCAUUGUUGGAAGAGUGAUAGGAGAAGUUCUUGAUUCCUUUACCACAAGCAUGAAAAUGACUGUGAGUUACAACAAGAAGCAAGUCUUCAAUGGCCAUGAGUUUUUCCCUUCCACUAUCAACACCAAACCCAAAGUUGAGAUUGAUGGUGGUGACAUGAGGUCCUUCUAUACACUGGUGAUGACAGACCCUGAUGUUCCUGGCCCUAGUGAUCCUUAUCUAAGAGAACACUUGCACUGGAUUGUGACAGAUAUUCCUGGAACAACAGAUGCUACAUUUGGGAAAGAAGUAGUGAGCUAUGAGAUACCAAAGCCAAAUAUAGGUAUACACAGGUUUGUGUUUGUUCUAUUCAAACAAAAGAAUAGAGAAUCAGUGACAGCAUCACCAUCUUCAAGGGAUUACUUCAACACUCGCAAUUUUGCUUCACAGAAUGAUCUUGGUCUCCCUGUUGCUGCUGUUUACUUCAAUGCUCAGAGAGAAACCGCUGCAAGAAGACGCUAGCUACAUAGCCAUAGCACCUAUAGCUUGAAGCCAUGGAACUAUAAUUAAUUAUUAAAUAAAGGCUAAAUAUUAAUUAUAUUAUUAUACUAUAUAGUAUAUGGUAUAACCUAGUUUGCUCUAAUCUUAUUGGAUGAAAGAGAGUUUCUUUAGUUCUAGAAACUCUGUGUUUUCACGUACGUGUGUCGCAGAAAGGGAAUCAUUUUCUGUUUUGCUAGCUUGCUAUACUGUCCAUUGGAUAAAUAUUAUUGUACUGUUUUCUUCGUUAUGUGUCGUAUUUGUAUCAAAGUAGUAAUCUUUUUA